GGGGGGGCCGGGACCAGGAAGAGGCUGACAGCCUGGCGAAACUGCCGCGGGGAGGUUAGGAGAGACCCCAAGGCACCGGAGAGGAGCGGGCGACUGAGGUGAAGUCAUGUGGCGGCUGCUGACCCUUCUAGCCCUGGGGCUGGGCGCCGUGGGCUUGGGCAGGGCCGAGCUCUCGCAGGCCCAGCAGCAGGGCCUGCGGGUGGCCCUGGAGGAGUUCCACAAGCACCCGCGCGUGCAGUGGGCCUUCCAGAAGACCAGUGUGGACAGCGCCACAGACACGCACUUCCCGGCGGGGACCUUCGUGAGGCUGGAAUUCAAGCUCCAGCAGACCGACUGCUCCAAGAAGGACUGGAGGAAAGCUGAGUGCAAGGUCAAGCCCACCGGGAGGAAGCGGACAUGCCUGGCCUGCAUCAAGCUGGACUCGGAGUCUAAAGUCCUGGGCCGGAUGGUCCACUGCCCCAUGGAGAUGCAGGUUCAACGGGAGUCCAAGGAGCACCAGGAGGCGCAGUGCAGCAGGGUGGCGAGGGCUGGCGAGGACCCCCACAGCUACUACUUCCCAGGGCAGUUUGCCUUCCUCAAGUCCUCGCACCCCAACUGAGGCCCUGACUGAACCCCAUCCCGCUUUCUGGACAGCUGCGGGAGGUAACCAGAGGGCGCCGGCCCUCCCCUCCCUGCGCCCUGGAGGAUGGCCCUGCGAUCCCCGAGCUAAUAAAGUGCUCUUGGAGCCGUGUUCGCC